CAUAGCGUCAACCUACUUGAUCGUAGCUCCCUGAUGGUUUUGCUACUUAACUCACAAGCAGCUUACGUACUUGUCCGAUGAGAAAUGUUAUGCAAUCGGCCAUUAUCGCACGCGACGCUGGGCCUGAAAGUAAGAGUCCCGUCUCUCCUCCCUCUCUCUAUUUCACGCUCCUCUUUAACCGAAGAGCAAUCUAAUGGGACCAGUAAGGCCUCAGGCCCAGGAAAUAAUCUCUCCUUCGCCAGUGUUCGCCAUUCCCCAUACUAAACGAUGUUAGAUAAUUUAUCACUCCAGAUACACGGCCGAUUACAUGAGAAACAUCAUUCAAUUGUUUGGCAGCUCAGCGCCUCUGGUGGCGAACCCGUGAAGUUCUUGAGAUAUCAUUACAAAAUACGUGCUACCUAUUCGCCUGAAAUCGAAAGAGGAGUUUCACUUGGUGAGAAAAUAAAAAUUGGAGAGAAAUUUAUAAAUGUCGUCGAGUCGAUGACGAACGUGAAUUUUUAUGAGGUAAAUGGCGGAUUUCGUAAUUCGAUAUAAGGAAAAAGAAAACCAGGCAUUUACGCGUGUUACGUGGAUUAUGUGUGUUGCAUAAAUAUUAUUAAAAAUUCAGAGCAAUAGAGAUUUUGCAAGGAUCAUAAAUGUUGGAUAAUGUAUGGACACAUUUAUCAUAAGGCGACUAGGUGCUACGUUCGUUCGUCACGGUUCGGUGAUUUACGCUAAAAUGAAAAUGGCAAGUAAAAGAAGCAAAAGAAAAAGGGGAACGCGAGAGAUACAACAAAAGUAAUCAGUGAGAAUUUAACUAAGUGCAUACAAUCCUUCAACGUAAGUUACAGGGCUACAAGGCAAGGCGUUAUUACUGGGACAGUGCAACUAGAAGUAAAAUAGUUACUCAUUGUAAAAUCCUAAAAUCAAUCGUACUCAAAUUUUUAGCAAAGCUUUUUGUCACUUUAUAUUUUUCUUUGUGAAUUGUCCCAACCUUAAUAAAUCCUUGGGCUUUUUUCCACUCUAAAAAAAAGUUGUAUUUUAUCAACUUAUCUGUACUGCAUAACUUUCUAGGUCAAGUCUGGCCUGUCUUCUGGGAACUUUGCGAUUUGACAUUCUCAGCGACUCGUAAACGCACCAGGAUAUAUAUGCAGGAUUUGUAGCCCGUGUGGAUAUUUUAUAACGACUCCACAUCGUGACGCAUCCGUUCUCCGCUGACGUAACUGACUCUUACGAGCAAAGAACUGCUUUCAGAGCCACCAAAUGCAUCUACGGUUUCUAAUCGAACCACAACGACAAAAUACCGUUGGUAAGGGAGACUUCCUCCGACAUCAUCAGUUACAUAGCAGCCUAGUAUAAAUAUUUCAAUUUAUUCUAAAAUUGACAAUUUCGAAGCUGAAAAGUUUCAUAGGUUCAAUAAACUAUUAAAGAUUCUAUUCUUGAAAUCUGCAAAUUUCCCUAUACAAAGUCAAUGAAAUUUAACAAAAUUCAAUAUCAACUUUUAACGUGUAUGCUUAUACCCAGUGUCGUAUUCUAUUGUCAUCCGCCUAGACUACCAGUGGCGGCGUUAAUGCAUGCUUCAAGAUUAUGCGAAUUUCUUAGGUUGGGAAAUUGCAGCUGCAACGAGCAUCGACUUCACGGCGCGUUUCCAUAUUUAGCAUAUACUGUGAGAACAAAGAGAUACGUAUGCUAAUACGGGGCUGGAGGCGUGUACGAGAAAAGUGAAAAUGACGAAUGAUUUAAGGAACAUAAUAUACGGCUGUUGGCAUAGCGUGCUAUUUUCUUUUUAUAUGUACACACUGCGUCUCCGCGAGAACUAUCAUGUUACUUUUCACUCGAGUACUUCUUCUGCCUAGCCAUGCAGCCACAUGUGUGGCAAGUAUGUGGCGAUCGUAGAAGACAUGAUGGAUUCCAACACGUACAUCUCGCGUAGUACAAGAUAGCCGUAAACAAAUCGUAUGAUGGCGAAAUGUCGUAACAGCGUCGUUCGCUAAUCUUGGGAUGAAAAAAAAAAUGAAAACCCGUGGGAGACUUUUGCUACAGUCGGAAUCAGCGAUGGCGCAAUUAUUAUUAUAGUAAGGAUACCGGCAAUGGAGUAUCUAUAUUGUAUAUAGACUAUAUAGAGACCGGAACACAUAUUUGUUCAAUCGAAUGUAACGAAUGAUCGAGACGCAAGAAAAGUUCAUUAAUCCCUAUUUUGAAAUUCGUAGCAGUUAGGAAUUCAUCCAAGCGCGUAUUUCUAGUUAAUUAGUUCACGAUAACGCAGAGCCAAUACGCCUUUCAUAUUAUAAUUUGCUGGCUAACUAGCAUACACGUAGAAUUCUAUUUGCAACACGGUAUACUGUAUGGUAUAGUUUCCUUUUCUUUUUUCUAAAAUUUUAUUCGUCACUUAAAAAUAAUUGUAGCAUUUAGCACGUCUGUAAAGUGACUUACUUAAGACAUCUUUUCGACGUGUAUACUAACAGUGUGUAAGAUAGAUAUAAAUUUGGAAUUACGUGACAAAAUCCUACAAUGCUCCAACCAUUGUAUUUUAAUGAAGGUUCCCAAACCCGUUAAUCCUAUCUCGGUCUAAAGGCGAUAUCUUAAUAAACCCUAAUUGCGCCAUAGUCUCUUUCGAAGCGAAAGAGAUUGGCAUUUCCGCCCUUUUUUCAUAUUUAUCCGGCCAAGGAUAAUACGUCAUUCGCGGCGUAAUAUUAGUUUGGCAAUAUCACGAAACUUCACCGGCAUAUUAUCCACUUUGAAUAUUCUCACACUGUGGCUUGUCCGACCAUGAGAAGAAUGAAAGAAAAAAAAAAGAAAAGAAAAAAAGAUACAAGCGUCGCCUGUAUAAUUACCAAAUGCAAAAUUCACCAGUUUACAAAUCAUACACUGAAACAGCACUUCUCCAAAUAUAUCGCGCUUACUAUAUAUAUAGCCAAAGAAUAACAGCACCAGAUCAGCAUCCUAGGUCACUAAAUAAUGUAUAUACUUCUCGACUAAUUGCAUAGAAGGUUAGUACCGGCAUCGAGCGUAAACUGCUUAGCGUGAGAAGAACAAACUAAAAUCGAGAGUAAACCGACGGCAGUCAGGAGAGAUCGCGUGCCAGUUGUGAAAACUACGGAUGCUGUCCAUGCCAUGUACCGUGCUCUUGACCACCACGUGACCAAGAAAGUGCCAUUCAUUGGUCUCGUCUUUUGUCAAGGAAGAAAGAAGGUAGGAAAAGUAUCAUUUCCUGGGGACGUGACGAGAAGAGCCAAAUAUUCUGGAUCACCUGGACCAGAGGAGGAUGGUAUUUUGCGAAGUAGAGAAUUUGCUGAAUAGAGUAGCAAAGUGCUUUUGACGUCGGAUACUCGAAUGGAAGAUGCAUCCAUUAUGCGUUAGUAACCCACGGCACGCAAUGCUCGUUUACUUUCGAAAGUUACGGUUAAGGUUGGAACUUUAAUAUACGUUGUCGAGAUGAAGGCCAUUGACAACGGAACAGGCCCUAUAGCGGUACCGGUAAAAGAUGGACUGGGAUAGACAACUGAAUCUCACUCCACGUAUGGUAGCUUUUUUUUCUAGCGACUCUGGUAUUCACUUAGGAUGCUCUAUAUGCAGUAUACGUUUUCCGGGACACACGUUCAGAGAUUUCACUUUCAGUCUCUGGGCGUACACGGGUCAGCUGCUGGUUUAGCAGGCAACGCACUAGAACGAGGAGCGCGAAAGCGGCUUAGAAAAGCUCCCUGGAUGCACGCUAUAAUAGCAGCAGCAGCAGCAGAACCUGAUCUCCAUUCUCGUAUAAAAAGUGAAGACACGCAGUGAGAAUGCGUUAGUUCAGAGACGAUCGAAACAGGGUGAACAAGGAAGGAGUCUUAUUCGCGCUCGAUUCAAUCAUGGGACACGCGGUACGUGUGAGCGAUUAUAAUAAUUGUGAAAUUUGGUUUUUCCGGGAAUAAGACUUGAUAAGUAUGGGACUGGCGAGAGUGUUGGGACUUGUGUGAGAAUCUACUGACUGUAUGGUUAGACACAGGAGUAACGUUACUUGUUUUCAUUUGCAGACAUGUCAGGCCAUUCUGAUUGGAUUGUUUGCGGUUUGUGCAACGUCGUUAGGAUUGACGUCCAGAAUGAAAUAUGAAAACACGUCAAAUCGGAGAUCACCUGUUGGAUACCAGAUUCUUCGGUAUUACGUAUCGGAAGGAAAUCUGAAGAGGAGUGACAAUGGGGAUGCUGCGUCUGGCGAGCACAAUGCAGAUAGAGCUAGUUUUCAAGGAAACGACCACGGAUCGUUUUACGACAGUCAUGAUUACUCGUCGAAUUCCAAUAGUCACGAGGUGGAUCAAAGUUUUUCAAAUUCCGAGGGUCACGUUCUGGGUCACCAGGUGCACGAAGACGUUCACAAGAUCAUAACGAUAAUUAAGAAAGUCGCUGCUCCUUAUCCAGUGGAAAAAACUGUUCACUAUCCAGUGAUAAAGAAAGUUCCCUAUCCCGUUAAGGUUCCAGUUCCUCAACCUUACGCAGUGCAGAAGGAGGUUCCAGUGCCGGUGAAGGUCUUCGUAAAGGUUCCAGUGAAGAUACCAGAACCAGUACCCGUUAUAAAGGAAGUACCUUAUCCGGUGAAGGUACCAGUUGACAGACCAGUUCCUGUCAAGGUUUACGUACCCCAACCUUUUCCAGUGGAGAAAAAGGUUCACUACGAGGUUAAAGUUCCAGUUUCGGAACCGUUCCCAAUCGAGAGAAAGAUACCAGUUCCUGUGAAGGUAACGGUCCAUGUGCCUCAACCUUAUCCAGUUGAGAAGGUCGUGCACUAUCCGGUGCAUAUAAAAGUAGAGAGACCAGUUCCUGUACCAGUUGCAAAACCAUAUCCCGUUCCUGUGUCUAAGCCUGUUCCAUAUCCAGUAGAGAAGCCUGUUCCAGUUCCAGUAAAGGUACGAGUGGAGAGGCCGGUUCCAGUGAGAAUUGAAAAACUGGUCCCGGUCAAGGUCAAGGUUCCCGUACCAGCACCUUAUCCUGUCGAGAAGGAAGUUCCCUAUCCUGUUGAGAAGCACGUACCUUAUCCUGUUAAGGUACCGGUCGACAGACCUUAUCCGGUUCAAGUGAUCAAGUCUGUAGCAUAUCCCAUACAGAAGCCUGUACCUUACGAGGUUAAAGUACCAGUAGGUAUACCUAUCCGUGAGCAAGGUCAUCAUUGAACCAUUAGAUAAUUACAGGAUGUAGAAUUACUUAACAGGGGAUUUGUAGGAAUUCAAUUCGAAUCCGUCAUUCGCUCGGAACAAUUCUUCUUCGAGGUACAUAAAAGUGUUAUCAAGUCGGAUGACUUAUUUUUGCGAAUUUACCAAAGAACUGGUAUCGUUAUAGUUGAAACCGUUACCCAAUUCAUCUCGCUAAAACUUUUUUAUUGGAAGCAAAGGUGAAUUGCAGCAACGUUGUAACCCGAUAGUAACCGGUAUCAAGAAGUAUCUCACGAUCAACCAGAUAUAUAACCAUUUACAUUGGCAAGUGGCUGCUGCAAGAGAUCGGUGCAUGUCUGCUGCAACCAGAAUCCAUUCUAACCGAUUGCCCUGAUUAGGCUCCAACGAUUUGCUACUUUUCUUCACGAUGUACUAUAUUUCUGUUAAAGUACCGAAGCACGUACUAUUGUUUCUGUGAGAAAACACCUGUAUCUGUGGGUGUGUGUAUAUAUAGACUGUAUAUAAUAUACUCAGCCUUUCACAGUUGAGCGAAUUAUUUUAAGCGUAAGUUAAGACUCUGCAAGAUCUUGUUGAAUAAAUCCAUUGUUGUUGUUUACUUUUGUAAAUAAAGAAAAUUUUAUCCUAUCGCUUCGGCUAAUUCUUCUCAUUAUGCACUUAUGAUUCUAUGUGUUAUUAAUUGUUUGGGUGCAGUUUUAAGAGGGAAAUUUUUACUGCUGACGCACAACUCGCAUACGAGCUUCCGUUUGUGCAGGUGAUAGAAAGUAUGUCGUUCGAUGCAGGUAUAUGUAUAUAGAACUCCUCCUCGAUUUUAAUUGACGGAAUAAAAGUGGCGCCUGUCAUUAAACAUGGCAGGUUGCAUUAAAGAACACGGAAAGAAAAGCCAGCAAUUUCCUUCUUAUGGAAAAUUUAAUGUAGGUUGUAAAUUUUUAUCUUGUAAUCUUAUUAACAAGGUCGAUCGAUUAACCAUAAUUUGAUUUAUCACGGGGAGAUCAUCAUUCGGCAGUCUUGUCGGUGACGAUGGUUUGAUAAAAACAGGUAAUCGAAAAACGGAAGUCACGAAGUUUCGGUUUUCCCUUAAAUUUGGAAAAAAAGAAUAUAAUUCUCUGAUCGUGAAUCAGCGUAAUUCGGAGUAUAAAAAUGAUCCGAUUUACCGCGCAAGAACGUGGAAGAUCGUGAGUCAUUGAUUGCCGAUUAUAAUUCAAGGUUGAUGACUCCGCGACAAGUUCACAAGACUUUCAACAGAAUUAUUUCACCAUUCGGAACUUCAGGGUAAUUCAUCGUUAUACCUUAUUGACAUUGAUAAAAGGCUACAAUUUUAUUACGAGAAAAGGAUAAAAGCUUCCAGGAAGAAAAGCUCAGAGUAAUGGAUGGAAUAUUUAAAAAUUCAAAAUUAAUGAGCGGAAUGUAUAUUCAUUCUACAACAAUAUUACUAUGCAGUAUUCCAGUUAAGUUAUCUAGCGAUCUGCCUACUUUCCGCCGAUGUAAAUUCUUUUUCC